AUGGGGCAGCAUAUUAUGAAGUCUCUGGCCGCCCUCCCUCCGAGAAGUUCCGUAGUGCCCGAUCGGCUCAAGCUGUUUGAUUGCACGCGCCUUUCGUGCCGACCCCUCUCUUUUGCGGCUGCCAUGGCGAGGGAGAACGCGAUCCUCCCCAAGACCCUCCGCGAGACUCUCGGGGACGCCGUUGGGGACGAGAGCAUCAAUUUCGGCGAGGCCCUCGCGCGCGCCGACGGCAUGAAACCCCACUUCCACGCUGGCCUCCCACACGGCCACGUAGGGCAAGAGGGGCUGUCGCAGAUCGCGGAUCUUCCUGCUGCGCCCAUGAACGUCCACGCAGGCACGAAGAUCUCUUACUUCGGGGAUCUGCCGAUGAACCAGGCUUACGAGGAGAUCACGGACAGUGACGGGAAAAAGGUCGGUGUCCUCACUGACUGGAAGGACGCUCAUGGGCAACCGUGCCGUUUGGACGUGGUCAAGGACCUUGCCACGAAGUCCUAUUUCAGUGGCCUCCCUCCACCGUUCAACCUCAAGAGCCAGCCUGGUGGGCCGUACGUCGUGCAGAUUUUCGUCUUGGGCGCUGGCGAUGGCAAAGUGCACAUUUUCAAGGACGUUGACCUGAAGGGCCAGUUCCUGGAGAUGGCCAACUGCGAGCCCAUGUGUCAUGGUACGGGCGUCGUGUAUCAGUAUGGGAACCAAUACAGAGCAGGCCGCAAUGCGAUCUGUUACCUCCUGGAGAAACUCGGCGGCCUACAGAUUCGCUUCUCCACGCUGACCGCCGCGGCAAAGCCUGCCGAGCGCGCGACCGAGUGGGAUGAGAAGCAGGAAGGGUACCGCUACAUCGAGAAGAAGGGCCCGAAGAGCAACAACCGCAAUCAGUUCAUGGAGUUCGCGGACAAGGAGAUCAACGACCCGCAGUCGAAAAUCUACGGCUGGGGGGGGUCCCGCGUGGUCCAGGCGCUGCGGAACCACGCGAGCGGGCGCAUCAACGCCAAGCGCCUCUCUGUCUGGGUGCUCACGCUGAAGGACUUCGAGCCGUGGUUCAUCAACGAGGUGCUCGUGAAGAUCCUGCCAACUCUCCGCCGCAACGGCGUGCUCUGGAUCGGCAAGACCAGGGUGGGGAAGUCGACGGCGUCGAAGACACUUGCGUUCUUGAUGUCAAUGCUCGAGAUCGAUGCACUUGAGGGCGAUGACAGGGAGGGCGCACCUGAGCCUUCAAUUGUCACCGCCAAGCACUUUGAUUUCUUCAAGGGCGAGCCCGUGGAGAGGGUGCUGCCCGCGGUGUUCGACGACGGGGACUUGCACAAGCAGGACGCGUCCGUGUUAAAGGCUUUCCUCAACCCGAGCGAGGAGGAUUCCACGCUGUGGGCGAGGUGGGGGCCCAGCACGUUCGCCCCAGGGGCGCCCCGCCAGGCCGUGAACAACAGCUACGACAAUGCUAUGGAGAAGCGGAUGGUGGCGGACUGGCGCCAAGGGAAAUUAAUGGUGAUCACGAUCCAGCAGCUCAUGGCCCUCAUCGCGCCCUCCUUGAAGCAGAUCACGGAGGAAGAGGACAUGAAGGCCCUGCUCGCGAGGUCCCACGUCGUCGUGACCACGGACACGCGCGUGUACUUCCGUUUGGCAUCAAAUGAGUUUCCAGAGGACGGCGUCGUGCCUUUCUACACAUACAGCAAGAAGUCAAAGCCUGACCUCUUCAACUACUCGCCCGAGGCGCGCGCGUGCUUCGGCAGGUGCAAGGACGACCCGACCUCUCCGAACAACUACCCGUCCGACUUCAAGGAGAAGGCGGAGUGGUCCUUGAAUUUUGCGAAGCGCUUGAUGCGCGGCGAACAAGUGCCCACUGUGUCGACCACCCGCGGGACCUCGCUCUUCGGGGAGCCCGUGCACAGGGUUCAGCCAGAGGCCGCGCCCCCGCCAGCGGGCGCGCCCGCGGCCCCGAUGGCAGCCGAAGCCGCGCCAGAGGAGGGCCCGCCAACGGCUCAGCCAGAGGCCGUGUUCACGCCAGCGGGCGCGCCCGCGGCCCCGCGCGACCGCCUCGGGGGCGACCGCGGCGACUACGAGGGCGAGGAAGAGCCGCCGCUCGGGACCCCCGCGCAGGAGAUCGAGCGGCUCUGGGGGCUCCACCAGGCAGGCGCCAUCACGCUCGCGGAGUUCAACGUCUUGAAGAAGAGUGCGAUCAGCGAAGGGUUCAAGGCCUUGCAGAAGGUUGCGUCCGCCAAGAAGGAGGAUCGCAGCGCCAAGCGGGAGCAGAUGCCUCGCGCGCCAAUCAAGCGGGGCCCGACCGAGGGGGCUGCCAAGCGGGAGGUGUUCGAGGCGAAGCCCGUUGACAAAGAGACGAUCCAGGGGCUCUUCCCAGGCUCGGGGAGUGCAGAAGUCGGGCGGUGCUCGCGAGGCGUCAUAGGCAUGGCGCGCACGUGCAACAACAUCAAGGGCUUCAAGAAGGCGCUCGACGCGGCGACUUUCGACACGAGGGAGGAGUUUCUCGCUGUUGUCAAGUGCGCCAACAUCGAGGGCAUGUCGCCGAAUCCGAAGGACCCCACGACGCCGCUGAUGGUCUUUGCCCAGCACUCCGGCGUGGUUCCCGAUGAGUACUGCUGCCAGGUGUGCGGCUCUGAGUUCACCAUGAAGGUCAUGUCUGGGACGUCUGACCGCGCGGCGCGCUGGCAGUGGCGGGGCCCUCGGCACGACCGCGCCAGCAGCUGCGACGCAUGCGGCGACGUUGAGAUUUCAAUGACGAAGGGCACCCUGUUGGCAGACGUCAAGGCGUCAAACUGGCUCCCAUUCUUCGACUGCAUGGUCAUGUGGGCCAAGGAGUACCCGCACUUGAAGAUCGUCCACGAGCUGGGCAAGCAGCACAACGUCGCGGGCCCCUGGAUGGAGAAGUUCCAGGAUGCCGCCGCGUCUUACAUCGCCGACAAGAUCCCCCCCGAAGCUGCACGAGGCCUUCAAGAAACGGGCCAAGGCCAAUGGCAAGAAGGGCGCGAAAGAAAGACUAUCUCCAAGAAGAAGCCAGCCAAAUUCAUAGUGCAGGCUGACGAGGUCUUCCUGAACAAGUCCAAGGUCAGCCGCCUCGAGCCAGGCACCCGCCCCAAGAAGGACAAAGUAUGGCUGCGGGGCGCGGUCGCUCAGGGCAGCCCAGAGAACUUCGUCUUCCGAGUCUUGGGGCACCCAGAGGACGCGUUCGACGGGCGCCCCCGCGGCAAGCAGGAGAUGGUGACGAAUUUCGACACGCUGGGCCUCCGCAAGGGCAUGAUCGUCGCCACGGACGGGUGGAAGGCCACGAUCGCCGCCAUCAGGCGAAUCAAGGACAGGGAUGGAUGGUCGGACAGGGACCUGAAGCACGAGAUCGUCGUCCACUCCAACGGGGAUGUCAAGAACCAGCGCGGCUACACGACGAACCACAUCGAGAACCGUUGGACGGUCCUCAAGAGGUGGCUCAAGAAGCGCCUUGGCGGUCGCCUGCCGACUACCUCGGAUCGGCGGAAGUGGGCCCGCUGGGUGACGGAGUUCCAGUACAGGAAGAACGUCACAAAGACGCACUCGGUCGAUGGCGGCAACACCUACUCCCUGCCGACGAAGGCGUUCCUCUCCCACGUGGCGGAGGUCACGCUGGCUGGGGGGCUUUGA